AUGAGGAACAUCAUUGCCGUCGCUGUCUUUGCUGCGGGCUCUAACGCCCUCGUUGGCCGCGCUGAUAGCUGCUGCUUUCACCUUACUUCCUCCGGCGGUGCCUCCGGUACACUUGGCCAGCUAGGUGAUGGCCAGAACCGUAUUGGCGAUAGUAAUCUGCAACCCGCACAGUACUGCAUCGAUGCCAAUGGCAGCAUUACUGACUCCAGCGGCCGUGGGUGCAUCCUCACUCCUCCCACUACUCAACUCCAGUGUGAUGAGGGUGUGACUGCUACACCCGGUUUCUCUGUCAACUCCCAGGGUAAACUUGAGUACCAUAACAGCCCUGACUUCAUUGCAUGUGCUACGGGCGAGAACGCUGGUAUGAAUGUCUACACUACCCCUAACAAGAUGGAUGUCACUGGAUGUGUGAAUGUGCAAAUGUCUGCCGACUCCUGCUCGGGCACUGGUGGUCCUGGUCCUGGUUCUAGCCCAGCUCCUAGUCCUAGUCCUGCGCCUGGUCCCGCUGGCCCUGGAGGUGGUGGCACUGGCCCUGGUCCUGGUCCUGGUCCCGCCCCUGGUCCCGCCCCUGGCCCUGCUCCUGGUCCCGCUCCUGGUCCUGGUGGUGGUGGCCCUGGAGGGGGUGGCGCUGGUCCUGGUCCCGCCCCUGGUCCUGCGCCUGGCCCUGCUCCUGGUACCGGUUCUCACACUGCCACGACCACGGUCACUGUCACUGACUGCAGCUGCCCUACCUCCGGUGGUCCAGGAGCUCCUGGUGGUGCCGGGCCGCAGCCCUCUGUUACUGUUACGGUGACACAGCCUGCUCCCGGCGGCGGCGGUGGUGGUGCCGGGCCGCAGCCCCCUAUUACUGUUACAGUAACACAUCCCUCUCCCGGCGGCGGCGGUGGUGGUGGUGAAUCGCAGCCUGGUGCCUCUCCUAGUGCACCCUCCCCCGGCGGUGGCGGCGGCGGUGGUUCGCACCCUGGUGGCUCUGCUACCGUGCCUGCUCCCACUGGCGGUGGUGAAUCGCAGCCUGGCGCCUCUCCUAGUGCACCUUCCCCUGGCGGCGGGGGCGGAGGCGGUGGAGGUAUCUCUGUUAGUGUGCCUCCUUUCCCCGGCGGUGGUGGUUCACACCCUGGUGGCUCGGCUACCGUACCUGCUCAUACUGGCGGUAGUUCGCAGCCUGGGACCUCUCCUAGUGCAACUUCCCCCGGCGGUGGCGGAGGUAGUGGUGGUUCGCACCCUGGUGGCUCUGCUACCGUGCCUCCCCCCACUGGUAGCCCACGUCCCACUGGGUCAGCUUCCGUCCCCGCUACCUCCGGUGGUGCCCCUCAUCCCACUAGCUCCGCUAGCCCUACCUCUCCUACCGCAUCGACCACUGGGACCUCCGGCGGUGGUUGUCCCACUACCCUCUCGGGCAACUAUGAGAUCCCUCACCUUAUUGUUCCUGUCGACUCGUCCUCACCUGAUACCCCUGCUGGAACUGGGCUUAACGGCAGCGUGACCUCGACCACCUCGACCGUGUUCAACUUCGACAUCCCAAAUUCCGACUCUGGGAAGACCUGCAGCCUCGUGUUCCUUUUCCCUAGGCUUGACCAGCUCGAGACUUCGUCUUACACCUUUAAUGGGGAUGGCAGGAUCGACUUCGCUCAGCUCUCUUCCCCUGCCGAUUCCUCAACCUCCUUUAGUAACGUGCCCUCGGUGUCCCAGGACCUCGGUACUAUCACUGUCUCCCCGGGCAACUCAUACGUUGUCUCUACCUUCUCUUGCCCGGCUGGCCAGUCUGUUACCUAUGAGAUGAAGAAUGCUGGUAGCACCGACUUCAACUUCUUCGAGGACUGGAACCCCUCUCCUCUCGGCCUGUUCAUCACCACUUGCUAA